CGAUCUCAAGCAUUUGCCCAAUUGCUGAGUCUACAUUGUGUCCGCCGCGUCCAUCUUCGCCUGUCUCGCUCCCAUCUCUCCAAAAAUGAGGCCGAUUCUUCUGCAAGGGCACGAGCGGUCGUUGACCCAGAUCAAGUUCAACAAGGAGGGUGACCUCCUCUUCUCCUGCUCAAAAGACCACGUCAUCAACGUUUGGUUCGCACACAACGGAGAGCGACUCGGGACAUACGAAGGGCACAAUGGGGCAGUUUGGACAGUUGAUAUCGACUCGCAAUCACGCUUCAUGGUCACCGGCUCUGCUGACAAUACCCUCCGCCUGUGGUCCGUCCAGACUGGCAAAUGUCUAUACUGGUGGGAGUUCCCCACCGCGGUAAAACGAGUCGCCUGGAGCGAGGACGACCAGCAGGUUGUGUGUAUCACAGAGCAGCGGAUGGGCCACUCGUCUGCCGUACGUAUAUUCAACAUUGACAGGGAGGGCGACGGAACCAAUCAAUCCAAGGAGCCAGGCUCUAUGUUCAAUCCUAUCGGCUCGAAAGCGACCCUCUGCUCAUUUGCCCAUGUGCCGAACCUCAUCCUCAUGGGUCACGAGUCGGGCAAGGUUGCUCUAUUCGACGCAAAGACGGGCGAUGAAGUGCUCAACAACGAGCGCGCACAUAUGGAUGUCGUAACCGAUCUUCAGCUAAGUCCUGACCGGUCAUACUUCAUCACGAGCAGCAAGGACAAGACUGCCCGGCUCCACGAGACUAAGACACUUACCGUUCUCAAGACGUACACGACGGAGACUCCUUUGAACAGCGCAGCCAUCGCACCAGGGAAGCCUUACGUCUUGCUGGGUGGUGGACAAGAUGCCAUGAGCGUCACGACUACAUCAGCGCGGCAAGGCAAAUUCGAGACGCGAUUCUGGCACAAAGUCUUCGAGGAGGAGGUUGGCCGUGUUAAGGGUCACUUUGGGCCUGUCAACACAUGGAUACUGACCGCAGUUUUCAACAGCAUCGCUAUCUCACCGAAGGGCGAUUCCUACGCGUCCGGAGGAGAGGAUGGAUUUGUCCGUGUGCACCAUUUUGAUGAGAGUUACUUCCGCGCGAAGCCCUAUGGCGACUUGGAGAUAGAGGAAUGA